AUGUCAUCGGCCGCUGCGCCCUCGGACACCCUCCACCCCCCGCGGCUCGCCGCGAUGUUUGCGGGGACGCCCAGUGCCCCAGGCACUCCCGUUCACUCCAUCCAGACCAUGCGCCGCAAGGCUGCAGGGCACUCGGGCCCUUUGACCAAGAUUCUAGUCGCCAACCGUGGUGAGAUCGCAAUCCGUGUAUUCCGUACGGCCCACGAACUCGCGAUGCAUACUGUCGCCAUCUUCUCUUUCGAGGACCGUCUCUCUGCUCAUCGCCAGAAGGCCGAUGAAGCAUAUCAAGUGGGCAAGGGCCUCACUCCCGUCGGCGCGUACCUCGCGCAGGACGACAUCAUCAGGAUCGCCCUCGAGCAUGGAGUGGACAUGAUCCAUCCCGGAUAUGGCUUCCUGUCCGAAAACGCCGAGUUCGCGCGCAAGGUCGAGAUGGCCGGCCUCGCAUUCGUAGGUCCAUCCCCCGAGGUCAUUGACUCUCUCGGAGACAAGACCAAGGCCCGUACGAUUGCCAUGAAGAUUGGCGUUCCAGUUGUUCCCGGAACGCCUGGGCCCGUUGCGACUUGGACGGAAGCUGAUGCGUUCAUCAAGGAGUAUGGCUUCCCCGUUAUCAUCAAGGCCGCGAUGGGUGGUGGUGGUCGCGGUAUGCGCGUCGUUCGCGAGCAGUCUGACUUCAAGGACUUCUUCGAGCGCGCCGUGUCGGAGGCCAAGUCUGCAUUCGGUGAUGGUACCGUUUUCAUCGAGCGCUUCCUUGAGCGCCCCCGCCAUAUUGAAGUCCAGCUUCUCGCUGACGCCGCUGGCAACACCGUCCACCUCUUCGAGCGUGACUGCUCGGUUCAACGUCGCCACCAGAAAGUCGUCGAGGUUGCGCCUGCAACCCAUCUUCCCGAGGAGGUCCGGAAGGCCAUCCUCGCAGAUGCCAUCAAGCUCGCGAAGAGCGUUGGCUAUAGGAACGCGGGUACUGCCGAGUUCCUGGUUGACCAGAUGGGAAGGCAUUACUUCAUUGAAAUCAAUCCUCGUAUUCAAGUUGAACACACCAUCACUGAGGAGAUCACUGGUAUCGACAUCGUUGCGGCGCAAAUCCAGAUUGCUGCGGGUGCUACUCUUCCUCAGCUUGGCCUCACGCAGGAAGCCAUCACUAAGCGGGGUUUCGCCAUCCAAUGCCGUGUCACCACUGAGGAUGCCGCGACUGGAUUCCAGCCUGACACCGGGAAGAUUGAGGUGUAUCGUAGUGCCGGUGGCAACGGUGUGCGUCUCGAUGCAAGCUCAGGUUUUGCAGGUGCCCAGAUCACGCCCCACUAUGACUCUUUGCUGGUCAAGGUUACAGUCAGUGGUACAACGUAUGAGGUUGCUCGUCGUAAGAUGCUCCGUGCACUCGUUGAGUUCCGUAUCCGUGGUGUCAAGACCAACAUCCCGUUCUUGUUCCGCCUUCUCACCCACGAUGUCUUCAUUGGCGGUAAAACAUGGACUACGUUCAUCGAUGACACUCAAGACCUGUUCAAGCUCGUGCAGAGCCAAAACCGUGCCCAGAAGCUCCUGGCAUAUCUUGGCGACCUUGCCGUCAAUGGUUCUUCUAUCAAGGGGCAGUCUGGCGAGCCCGGACUCAGGGAUGAGAUCGACGUCCCCACCUUUGCCAACCGUACAGACCCCGAAGGGCCUCCACUGGAUGCUUCCUUCCCUUGCGAGCAAGGUUGGCGCAAUAUCAUCGUUGAAAGGGGGCCCGAGGCGUUCGCCAAGGCGGUUCGCGAGUACCCUGGUGUUCUCAUCAUGGACACUACUUGGCGUGACGCUCACCAGUCACUCCUCGCGACGCGUCUCCGUACGAUCGACAUGGUCAACAUCGCGAAGGAGACCAGCUUUGCCCUUGCGAAUGCCUAUAGUGUCGAGUGUUGGGGUGGAGCUACCUUUGAUGUGGCCAUGCGGUUCCUGUACGAGGACCCUUGGGAGCGCCUCCGCACCCUGCGCAAGCUUGUCCCCAACAUCCCGUUGCAAGCUCUCGUCCGUGGUGCCAACGGCGUUGGCUACACGAGCUACCCUGAUAAUGCCAUCUAUGAUUUCUCGAAGAAGGCUGUUGAGAACGGCCUCGACAUCUUCCGUGUCUUCGACUCUUUGAACUACAUGGAGAACAUGAGGCUGGGUAUUGACGCCGCGAAGAAAGCAGGCGGUGUUGUCGAGGCGGUCGUCUGCUACACCGGUGAUGUUGCGAACCCCAAGAAGACUAAGUACACCCUCCAGUACUACCUUGACUUCGUCGACGAGCUCGUCGCUGAGGGCAUCCAUGUUCUCGGUAUCAAGGAUAUGGCCGGUGUGCUGAAGCCUGAGGCGGCAAAAAUGCUCGUCGGCGCCAUUCGCCAAAAGUACCCUGACCUGCCUAUCCACGUUCACUCUCACGACACCGCUGGGAUCUCUACUGCUAGCAUGCUUGCCGCGGCCGCGGCAGGUGCUGAUGUAGUCGAUGUCGCGAUCGACAGCAUGUCCGGUCUCACCUCGCAGCCGCCCAUGGGUGCCGUCUGCAGUGCAUUGGAGCAGAGUGGCUUGGGCACUGGCAUUCGCUACGAGGAUAUCCAGGCCCUCAACACGUACUGGACUCAGGUCCGCACGCUUUACAGCUGCUUCGAGGCCAACGUUCGCGCGUCCGACUCUAGUGUCUUCGACCAUGAGAUGCCUGGUGGACAGUACACGAACUUGAUGUUCCAAGCCGCACAGUUGGGUCUUGGCACUCAAUGGACUCAGGUCAAGAAGAAGUACAUUGAGGCCAACGAGCUCUGCGGAGACAUCAUCAAGGUCACGCCAUCAUCCAAGGUUGUCGGUGAUUUCGCGCAGUGGAUGGUCCAAAACGGCGUGUCGAAGAAGGAUAUCCUCGAGCGCGCCGAUCAGCUCGAUUUCCCCUCGUCUGUCGUCGAGUUCUUCCAGGGAUACCUUGGCCAGCCCGUGGGUGGCUUCCCCGAGCCUCUCCGCAGCAAGAUCAUUCGCAAUAAGCCCAAAAUCGAGGGUCGCCCUGGGACUGGUCUUGCACCCAUUGAAUUCAAGAAAGUCAAGGCGGAGCUUCGUAGCAAAUUCGGCAAGCACAUCACGGACUCUGACGUUACGUCGUAUGUCAUGUACCCGAAGGUCUUCGAAGAGUAUCAGAGCUUCAUCGAGCGCUACGGUGACCUCAGCGUCAUUCCGACUCGCUACUUCUUGGCGCGGCCGGAUAUUGGCAAGGAGAUGAUGAUCGAGAUUGAGAAGGGCAAGACCCUCAUCAUCCGCCUCAUGGCAGUCGGUCCCGUCAUCGAAGGCCGUGGACAGCGUGACGUCUGGUUCGAGGUCAACGGCGAGGUCCGCGCCGUGUCCGUGGAGGACAAGAACUCGGCGGUGGAGACUCUGUCGCGCGAGAAGGCUUCGAAUGAACCCGGCUCCGUCGGUGCGCCGAUGUCUGGUGUCGUCAUCGAGGUGCGCGUGAAGGAGGGCUCCGAGAUCAAGAAGGGGGACCCAAUAUGCGUGAUGAGCGCGAUGAAGAUGGAGUCGUCGGUCACUGCGCCUGUGUCUGGUCACAUCAAGCGCGUCGUCGUGCACGAGGGGGACUCGAUCAACCAAGGCGACUUGGUUGUCGAGAUUGUACACUAA